GGUUUGUCAACGCCACUCCCGAGGCAAAUCACGUGAUGCAUAUCGCUGAACUAGGUCUUUGUUCCAGCGCAACCAUAUAUAGCACAAGAGCGUUAUCUUGGACGGGGAAAAGGUAGGCAACACUUGACUCUGGGAUACCAGAGCGACUUAUUGCCACUUCACUAAAGCGGCUUGCUUUGUUCAAAGAUUCUCUCUCGCUUUGACUGGCUGGAACCAUGUAGUGAGUGAUGUGGCAUCGGCCUGGAGACGAGGUACGAAAAUAGUGGCAGAUACACAUUACUGGUAAUUGCUAUCUCAUCCCGAAAUAGUCUCAAAUUCAAAGACUGUUUCCAGUUUCAAACAGCCUCAUGUCACUUCUAUAAAUCAAGCCAGCUCUCGCAAAUGGCUUGUUCAUUUCCUCCUCCCCACAAGGAAACAAUCCGAAGCGGAAUCACAUCCGGAUACAAAACCACGCUCAAAAACACCAAUACGAAUCCUCCCAGAGCAUGCUUCUUGUAAAAAAUGGACCUAAACCAUGCAUACACCGUGGCGGCACUCCAGGGUAUUGCAAACCAAGCCCCUGGAUCUAUUGGCAAUGCCAACCGGGUACUUCAACCUCAGGCUCACCACGCACUCAAUGCUGGCGGUGACACUUUGACUAUCACUCUAGACUUUGCGUCCGACAACAAUUUGCUCCUUCCCACCAGCUGGGAUACGGUCAACGGAGCUGCGUUCCGCGCAGGCUUGUGCGCUGCCAUCAGCUGCUACAAGUCGACAGCGCGCAAAAUUUCCAUCGAGAUUCUUCAGCCUGCUCACAUUGUCGCAAUCAACACUGGGCUGGUAUACAACCGCCAACAGGCACUGAUCCAUCGGAUUGUGAGAAUCCUCAAUCAGUUUCGAAAUAUCGAGAAGCUCGAGAUGUACUACCGUAGUCCCGAAACAGACUGGGAGCAAAUUCGGUGCUUGGCUCCUCUAUAUGCACUGACCUUCAAACGAUGGAACUUGAGAAUCUUUCAGGCUCGUCUUCUAGAACCAGAGAUGAGCCGUAAUGGUGAGUGGCGUCGUCGAGUGAGAGGACUCUGGGAUGUUCUACAAAGGCGUUAUAAUCCCCAGAAACGCCAAACCCCUCAAAAGCCUCAGAAUCAUCGAAGCCCUCAGAACUGUCAAAUCCUUCAGAACCGUCAGCACCGUCGAAUCUUUCAGAUCCCUCAGAACCCUCAGAAUCCACAGAGAUGUCAAAACCUUCCGAACUGCCAACAUCAACAGAUUGUGUCAUUGCCCCCAGAACCAUCCAACACCACAAAAUAAACCUGUCCCUUCUAUCAGAGAUACCACCUUGCCAGAUAAAUGAUCAGGACUAGACUUGCAGUGAUUACCGGAUCUGGCUGGCAGCAGAUUGAAUACAGUUCCGGUUUCAACACAGUCCUUUUCAAAACACCCCUUCACCCCAAACACUUGGACAUCCAAGCCUCAACUCCCCUAAAGCAACAAGCAAAAAAAGGUCUCACCCCCACUAUUGCCCAAUUAGCAAACAGAAACCUCCAUCUUAAUAGCCCAGAAGCGUCUCGGCUCAGGAAAUUUGGGACAUCCAAGUCCAAAUACCCCUUGGACGAGGAAAAUCGAAAAAGAGAAUAAAUCGACGGAACGAAACA